ACGGUACAAGCAAGCCGAUUCCGCUAGCUCAAUGCUUUGUAUGUGGAUGUGAGCCAUACACAUACGCAACCAACGAAAAUCUACACACAGCCAUUGGGUUUAAUGAGACAGAACGAAUUUCCACUCACCGCCAUAUUGGUGAGCUGAAUACGAGAUAUCAAUUGUCAAACACAAAUACACACACAUGCGCGCACGUCACCGAUACACAUACACAGAGAGAGAUAUACAGAGAUACAAACUUCACGCCUGUCAAGUGCAUGCAUUGUUUAUGCUCGUUGCUAGCAACCGUCCGUGUUUUUCAAUGUAUGCGCUCGACAAAAUGUCAUUCACGGACAAUUUUCUACACAAAUUCGCACUUCGAAACAGAUGAACGAGUCGAGUAUUCGAAAUACAACCAUAUGUUUCUGUCACAUCGGUUUGCUCUUUGCGGCGUAUCGUCAAUGUGAAUGAAUGCCAAUUUCGAACAGCAGACAAAUUCGAACAACAGAAAAAAAAAACAAAACGAGAGUGCGAUUAUACACAACAGCUCUUGACGUUUCCGAUCAAAACAUCACAAGUCACACAGUAUUUCACGCAACAAUUCCAUUAUUUUCGUAAUCAAAUCCAUUUUUUACAUUGAAACUGAAGGAGAUUAUUUGUUGUAUCGGCUUUCAAAAAGACUUACUUGGAAGAAACUCAACGAGAUUCAUUCGAUGGGAUAAAAUAUGCAAAGAAAAACCGAUUCUUAGUUUUUGAAUUGAGAAACACGUCGGAACUGGUCACAUUAAUGGUUGUACGCAAAAGGAGAUACUAUUCGAUUGGAGUGUUUAUCAGGUAGCCGUAGGUUAAGGUUUGACUGAAUCGUUUCAGAAUAUGCCACGAAAUCGAAGUGCUUAUUACAAUUAUUCGGACAUAUCAAUCAAAGAAUAUGCGGAUGCCAAUAAAAAGUGCGGUCGAAUUCGUAAAGGUGUACCAAAUGCCAUCAAAUCUGAUGCGGUAAAUGGUGAUUAUGAAGCGCUUGAUGAGGAUGUGACUACUGCGGCCAAGAAGGUGGCCAAGGUCAAAAUCACAAACGCUGACGAUGAUCACGUGUACAAUUUCUUUCCCAACGAUAUUUGGUUCCUUAUUUCGGAACAUCUUCAGCCGGAAGAUGUAACACGGUUUGCUCUCAUUUGCAAGCAAACCUACACCAUAACAACAACAUUGAAAUUUUGGAAGAGUCUCUAUCGGCGUUAUUACAAGGCAAAUAUUGAGUUGCCCGUAAGACUUCAGUUGGAUUGUAUGACACGGCCACGAGGAUUUCGUGCAUGUGCUAUUCGAUCGCUGUUCUACACAUAUCCACCGUAUGUGAAUCGAGUUCAGCAACAGGACUUUCAUUCACUGAUCAAGCAUUGUGUCGUCCAGUUUUGGUUCCAACAAAUUAACGCCGUGAAAUUCCAAUACUUUUAUAAACUUAAGCGCAAAUUGUGGCCCGGCUCACGGCCAUAUGCAUCGCAGGAGCUGCAAAGCAAAGAUGGCCGGUCAAUUAAAGCAUUGAGAGACGUUUAUUGUAAUUCAGAGGAAGGGUGCAGUUUGUUAAUGAUCGAAUCAACAAAAUUCCAUCCAUUGCCACGAUUGGAUAUGAUUGAAUCGAAUGUCAUUCUCUCGUCGAUUGUGAACCAUUUAUCACGAUCAUGCAGUCAUUAUCGCCUUGAAAUGCAAUUUUCCAACAUCACCGGAGCAAAAGUCGGUUCGGUCGUUUAUGAGCCAGCCUCGUCGAUUCGUGUGUACGAUUGGUGGAUGCCAACAUACGCAAAGUAUGUGAAACAAGGGCUACAACCAUCACUGGAAUAUGUAAACGAUGAAAAGGAUCUGAAUGACAAUACCAACCAACAUGGAACGGACGAUGAUGGAUGGGACUAUGUGAUAAAUAAUUUUUAGCUGCAAAGAGAAAUCAGCGAAAUUUAUGUUGAGUUAUGAGAUAAUUUAUUGAAAAAAUUUCAAUCGAUUUCUUAAAGAAUAUUCAAUUUUCUACUUCUAUUGCGUGUAAAAACUUUUUUUUUGAAUUCACGCGUACAAAAUGUCAAAUAAAGAAAUGAGGAAAACAAACUUCCAACAAAUUAUUGAGGGAAAAUGUGUUGAAAAAAGAUCUUGACAAAAGAAAAAAUAAAUGUUAAACAAAAGUUA